AGCCGCGUGUGCUGUGACUUCCUGAAGUCUAGAAGUGAGGAGAACUAUCUGGAGAGAGAAGCACAAUGUCACGGUCAGACGAGGUCAACAAAAUGACAGAAAAUGUCUACAAGGUAAUUCUGGACCAGUUCAACCCCAGUCUGAAGAAUUUUGUCACCAUGGGCAAACACUAUGAAAAGGCCCUGACAGGCGUCACAGUAGCAGCAAAGGGUUAUUUUGAUGCUCUGGUCAAACUAGGAGAGCUGGCCAGUGACAGCCAGGGCUCGAAAGAACUGGGUGAUACGCUGUUCCAGAUGGCAGAGGUUCAUCGGCAGAUCCAGGUCCAACUCGAGGAUGUGCUGAAGCUGUUUCAUUCAGAGCUGCUGUCUCAACUCGAGCAGAAGCUGGAGCUAGACAUCAAAUAUCUGACCGGAACGCUGAAGAAGUACCAGAGUGAGCGGAAGUCAAAGGUGGAGUCCAUUGAGCGCUGCCAGUCACAGCUGAAGAAGCUGCGGAGGAAGAGCCAAGCUAGUCGCCAUCCCAACAAAUAUGGAGACAGAGAGAUGCAGUAUGUGGAGCUGAUGAGUCGCCGGCAGGGUGAGUUGGACUCGCUGGUUGCCGUUGGUUACCGCUCCGCUCUGACAGAAGAAAGACGGCGCUAUUGCUUUCUGGUGGACCGUCAGUGUUCAGUCACCAAGAUCCUCACCAACUACCACUGCAAGGUGAGAGAGCUGUUGUCUCAGAAGCUGUCAUCGUGGCAGCAGUCAUGUGCGCAGCCGACCAAGCUCCCGGAGCGAGCGCUGAACCUGCUGCGUCACACUGCCCCCCAGAGCUCUGGAGGAGCCGGACUCGCCGAGGUCCUGCGCAACGCCAAACUGGGAAUCACUCAUCCCGGAGAACAGAGGCUCUCUGUACAGGAAGUCCCGCCUCUGUUGAACGGUGACAGCAGCAGUCGUCCUCAGCAGCAGCAGCAGUCUCACCAGAACCCCUCCAGUAAUGGACACACCCACUCUGGCUCUUCAGCCAGCCCCGCCCACUCCCAACCAGCAGUGGGUGUGUCCGGGUGUCAGUCUCCUCCUACUGUUAGCCACACCCCCAGCUCCGCCCACAGCGCCCCUCUGUCCCGCGCGCUGUCGAGCUGUCCUGCUGCUCCCGAUCUCUACUCCACCUCCACACUGCCUCUGCCCCGGAGACAGUCCAGCGACAUUCGCCAGGGACUCAUGGGCUCGACUCUCCCCCGUGUGCUCCCUCUCUGUGCUCCGUCCCGUGUGGAGGCUCUGUUCCCUCACUCCCCAGACUCCUGCGAGGGAGAGAAGACAGGAGACCGAGGAGGAAGCUCAUGCCUGCUGUCCUUCCUGCCUGGAGACGCUCUGUCCCUGCUGAUCAGUGAGCCCAGAGACGGCUGGCACUACGGCCAGAACGAGCGCACGGGACGAAAAGGCUGGUUUCCCUUCUCCUACACACAGCCUUUCCCCAACUCUCCCGGACAAGAUCUCAGUGCUCCUGUCCUGUCGAAGGUGAACAGCAGCAGUAUGGGGCAGCUGGACAGGCUUCCCCCCGCGGGUCAGGGGCCGCAGGUCAGUCCUGACUCUGAGGACGAGAGCAGCGUCUUAUCCCAGCGCAUCAGCACCUUCAGACCGCGACCCUACAGCAUGAUGAACCCCGAGACCAGCAGGACGAGGAUGUCGACUGAUUUCACCGCUCCGCCUCCGUCACCCAGCAGGAUCAACCCGUUCGCUCAUAUUCGGCUCAAGAAGACGGUGACCAAUGACCGCUCCGCCCCUCUGAUACAGUAGAGCCUUUGAUUGACAGCCAGAGCUGCUCCUGUUAAUGCUUCAUGAACAACACAACCUCUGAGAACAUAAAAAUAUAACACAUUCAGACAAUAAUUACGUGCAUUUAGAUCAUUUAGGAUUUAGCAGAUCAAAUGUAUAUUCUAUAUAUAUUACAUUCUCAGAAAAAUGAAGUAUUUCAAGGACUUUAUGUUUGAGUGCACAUCAAAAAAACUGAGCGUUAACAUUUGAUUCCAUAUUAUGGACAACAGUUUCUUCAGCUUUUAAUUCCUUUACUGUAAUGACUAUGACGAAAACACUGAAGUCUGACAAAACGUAGAUGUUUUUGGGAACUGAUAUUUGAUUCACAAUUUAGUUUCAUGAAAUAUUUUAAUCAAUUUUUAUAAAUGUAAAUUUACUCACGCUAGCAUUUUUUCUGCUGCCAUAAUUUUGGGUGAAUUGUUCCUGAGUGUACUUCCCACACAAAUAAGAUACUUUCUCCUAAAACUUUUAUUUCAUUUGUAGUAUUGCGUAAAGUCGAGGUGUGCUAGAGCAUGCUGGGAGAAGCAGGUGAACUGACGGCUGGAUGGAGAGUGGAGUGGAGAUAUACAGAAAGGCUUUGAAAGAGUUUGGAAAAGCGCUGUGUUUGUGAAAGUGUGACGUGAAGAGGCUCUCAGCUCCGGUCUCUUGCCCCUCUUCCGUCUGGUCUUGUAUUUUGUUAAAGCCCAGAUCUCUGAAACUAAAGCUUGAGACGUGACGGAAGGCUCUGGAAAGUGUAGAUGUGCUGGAGGACGUGUCUGUGAUGAGAAAUAAGCUGAAAAAAACCGUCUUUCUGACCCUUUUUACCAUUAUUUUGGAACAGAAGACUUAGUUAAAGAUGUUUAUGUCCAGUGGUUUGAAAUGAACCUAAAGAAAAUGAUUCAUUUGAGUUUGUGUGUUACUGUAAGUAAAUUGUUUUGUAAUCAUCUUAAAAGUUGCUUAUUUUACACUUAAACCAAUCUAACGAAUUAUUAAUGUUGAGACGUUUAUUCACAAAUGUUGGAAUUAUUUCUUCACUUCAGGGUCAGUUUGUUCUGAUACCUUUAUUAUUAACUUCUUCUAUUAUAAAGAUAUCUUAAAGUGAAUAAAGCUAAAAGGUUAAUAUCCAACCUUAUAUAUGAAAAUAUAAUGGUAUACUGUAAUACAGUGAGCCCAAAAGUCUGAGAAUUUUUUUUUUUGUAAUGUGUCAUAAUUACAGUAAUAAAACGAACAUGAAUUUGAUAUUUGGUCAUGUUCUCAUCAUCAUCUGAGAUGGUCAAGAGCAUCUUGAGCUUGAGUGGAUGCAAGAGUGAUCAAAAACAUCUCCAAAAAUUAGAAUAUCGUGGAAAAGUUCUGUUUUUUGUCAUUUAUUUCA